AUGGAAAUAGUUUCCGCAUCGACUUCUACGAAGGACCAGUUACUCAGAUCACCGAGACAAACGCCAGCCAUGUUUACUAUAGGUGCUCUCCUCGACUCCAAGGACCAUGGAACAGAACAGGCUAUCAAGAGUGGUAUUCGGGGUGUGAACUUUCUGGCCUCUCGGGUCGACAAUCGAAUUCAACAACUACUCAAACCAGAGGUUAUUUGGAUUCCAAAGGAAAGGUUUUUCACAGCAACCAACGAUGUCUGCAACUUGCUGAAAACAGGGGUCGUUGCCUUCGUCUCCCCUCGUGACCCCCUUAUCAGACAGUCCGUCAGAAUGGUCUCAAAACAAUUCAGUAUUCCUCUCAUCGAGACACACUGGGACACUGACAAAUCUAACAACCGCUACUCCAUCAAUGUUCACCCAGCGCAUGACGCUUUCGGGGAGGCUGUCUCUGAGUACCUAUCUAGCUAUUCAAAGUGGAAUCAUGUAGUCCUCAUUCUGGCUGAUUACGAAAGUAUUGUUAAACACGCCGCUUGGUUAAACAAUUUCGAGGGUACUCUGGUUGUUCGAACCCUUGGUCCAGAUCGAUCCAAGUGGAAGGCUAUAAUUUCAGAGCUCGCAAACACUGAUGUUCGCAAUUACCUUAUUGAUAUUCCAUAUUGGUAUGCCAAAGAUUUUCUCGUCUUGGCCUACGUACACAACAUGACAGGAGAACAAUACAACUAUGUUUUCUCUGACUGGGACAUUCAUCUUCUGGACAUGAACGCUUUCAAGAUAUCAGAUGGGGCAAGUAUUUCAACCUUUUCAAUUAUUCCCAACGUUGGCGUUAAUGAGCCAUACAGGCGCGGUCCGACUGUCGAGAGUUUACGCUCAACGAUUAACAAAAUCGAACGAGCACAAAGGUCUUCCGAUAUUCUGCCAUUUUUAACGACUUCCGCCUCCCUUAUCUACGAUUCAAUGUUGCUGUUUGGAUGGGCAUUAAUGAAUGAAAGAGAUAACGUCAGUGCACAACCGGGAGCUCUUGGCUGUGACACAAAAAGCUCUCCCUGGCACCACGGAGAACAACUGGUAAACGCGACGAAAUCUAUGACUUUUCCGGAACUGCUAACCAUCACCGGACAAAUCCACUUUGAUCGUCAUGGUUAUCGAUCAGACUUUAAUAUGAGCCUCCUCAGCCUUCAGAAUGAUGGAUUUCAAGAGAUCGGUUACUGGACGCGAAGGGAUAGUUGGCAAAUAACUCGCCCAAUAAAGAAGAAGAGGAAAGUGCCAAAGAAACCGCUCACAUCGGUCACCCUGAGGGUGACAACCGUUCCGGACACACCCUUUGUGAUUCCGAAAAAGUAUGACGCUUACGGUCAACCAUUGAAAACUCCCGACGCCUGGGAAGGCUACUGUGUUGAUCUCCUUAACCUCAUUUCCCAAGAUGUUGGCUUCAAUUACACAAUCGAAAUGGCCAAGGACAGGAGCUAUGGAUCGCGUCAUGUUAAUAAAUCUGGCGACGUCUACUACAACGGCAUCGUCGGUGUGGUCCAUAGAGGUGAGGCAGACAUGGCCGUAGCAGCCCUGACAAUCACGUAUGAGAGGGAGCAGGUACUGGACUUCAGCACACCUUUCAUGACUCUUGGCGGCAGUCUUCUUUUCAUGAGGCCGAAGACGCAAAAGCCAUCCAUAUUCUCGUUCCUCCAGCCACUAUCACCAACCGUGUGGGCCUACGUGAUAACGACCUACAUCGUCGUGUCUGUUGGCCUCUUCCUUGUUGCUCGCCUCAGUCCCUACGAGUGGCAGAACCCUCAUCCCUGUGAGACAUUUUCGGACGAAAAGGAAAAUCAAUUCACCAUUCUGAGCAGUUUUUGGUUCUUUAUUACACCCCUACUGAAUCAAGGUACUGAGAUGGCUCCACACUCCAUAUCUACCCGACUACUGACAGGAAUUUGGUGGUUCUUUGCCUUAAUUCUCAUAUCAACGUACACCGCCAACUUGGCUGCUUUUCUAACGGUCGACACUACGGAGCUGCCCAUCGAAAGUGUGGAGGACCUUGUGGAACAAACAAAAAUCAAAUAUGGAACACUUCAGUCCGGGUCCAGUCAUGAUUUCUUUAAGUAUUCUAGAAUCCCAGUAUUUCAAAGGAUGUGGGAAUUUAUGUCAACCAAUGACGUCUUCGUACAAAACACCGAGGAAGGUAUUGAGCGUGUUCUCAAAGGGGAUUAUGUUUUUGUUCUCGAGUCCUCCUGGAACGAAUUCUACAACAAACGCGAUUGCCGUCUCAUGCAAAUCGGUCGUUUGCUGGACUCCAAGGGCUAUGGAAUAGGAUUGCAGCAGGGUUCGCCAUAUCGUGACCCAAUAUCGGAAUCCAUUUUAAAACUUCAAAAGUCACAGACAUUGGAUCAACUUAAGCGUAAAUGGUGGACUGAAUUUAACAUAUCUGAGCCCUGCACUAACACGAAGGACAGCAGUAAGGAGGCCAAACCACUUGGAAUCGAACAAGUCGGUGGAGUAUUUGUUCUUCUUAUCAUUGGAUUUUUCUGGGCCUUCAUAGUCUCCAUUAUCGAAUUCUGCGUUCACAAUAAAGCCUGUAUGAAAACGCAAGGAGCAUUGUUCUCGGAAAUGUGGAAGGAACUAAAAUUUGCAAUGAGGUGCAUGACGCCUUCAACUCGGGCGAAGUCGUCAAUAGUUGCGAUUCCGGAACAAAAGCCCCCGAAUUCGCCAAUGCCAAUGGCCGACCAGUUGGCUGACCACGAAGUCACUGAAUCUGCACCCGUGACGUCUCAACACUUGCUAUUUGUGCCUAUGACUGAGUCAAAUGAGGUGCUACUUAGUUCCGUU